AUGGCCCUUGCUUCACGGUAUGUUGACAAAAAAGGCCAAGUAAACGAGCCAUUUAUUGGUCUUGUUCGUGUUGGUGAUACCUCUGCAAAAUCGUUGAAGGAAGCAAUACUUUCUUUGCUUAUGAAACACUCAUUAAGUCCAUCCAAAAUACGUGGACAAGGCUAUGAUGGAGCUAGUAAUAUGCAAGGAAAAAUGAAUGGUCUUAAAGCUUUAAUUUUACAAGAAACUCCUUCGGCACAUUGCAUUCAUUGUUCUGCUCAUCAAUUACAGUUGACACUUGUAGCAGUUGCUAAAAAACAUAAGGAGGUGGAAACUUUCUUUGCUAUAGUUGCUAAUGUAUUGUUGAUGUCGAACGAGCUGAGUAAAGCUUUACAGAAGAAAGAGCAAGAUAUUGCCAAUGCCAUGAUAUUUCUUGACCUUACAAAGGAAAGGUUGCAACAAAUGAAAAAUGAAGGAUGGAAAUCAUUAAUGGAUGAAGUCUCUUUGUUUUGUGCUAAACAUGACAUUUUGGUGCCCAAUAUGGAAGAAUUCUAUAUUCCUGGAAAGUCGAAGCGUAGGCCUUCUAGUGUUACUUAUUCACAUCACUUAUGUGUUGGGCUUUUUUAUACAGUGAUUUAUUUGCAACUUCAGGAGCUUAAAAGUCGUUUUGAUGUAGUCAGUGGUAACUUGCUUCUUGGUAUGGCUAGCUUGAAUCCGGCUAAUUCGUUUGCUAAUUUUGAUAAGGAAAGAAUAAUAACAUUGGCCAAGUAUUAUCCAGAUGAGUUUGGUGAAUUGAAGCUUCGAGAUCUUAGUCACCAACUUGACACUUUCAUAUGGCACAUGAAGCACGGUGACCCUAGAUUCUCGGAUUUGAAAGGAAUUGGUGAUUUGGCAAAAGCGUUGGUUGAAGAAAAUCUUGUGGAGACAUAUUCACUUGUUUAUUUACUUGUGAAGUUGACUCUAAUUUUAUUUGUCGCGUCUGCAACGGUAGAAAGAGCAUUCUCAUCCAUGAAGUACAUCAAAGAUGAAUUGCGUAGUAGUAUUGGUGAUGCAUUUUUAAAUGAUUGUUUAGUUUGUUACUUUGAAAAAGAAGUAUUUGCAAAUGUAAGCAUUGAUGUUAUUAUUGACCGUUUUCAGAGUAUGAGAACGCGCCGAGUUCACGUAUAA